AAACUUUUGAAUUUAAUGAAAAGUGUCAAUCAAGACAAACACGGAGUCAAGAUGAAUAAAAUGGUUUUGAUGAAUUUUCUACGCCAGGUUAUUUUUCUUUUGUUUAUACUAAAAACUGUUAAUGGUAUAAUCAUGAUAUUUUCUGCAGAAAACUGCUCCUCGUUAUUUCGAAAUAAUGAAAUCCUUCCAUUGGAUAACAGAAAGCCUCAUCAUGCUCUUUUUAUAACAAUAGAUCUCGUCACUGUAAUUUUUAAUGGAUUUGGGAUUCUUAAUGUAAUAGCAGGCUUAACCGGAUUUGUGGGCGCAAUUUACUUGCAUAAAUUCCCUAUGAUUAAUUACUGUKCUGGAAUGUGGUUUAUUCUCUUGGCUGCGGCUGAUUUUGGUUCAGUGGCUGCUUCACAAGUCUUGAUCAAUUCUUUAAAUGGAAUCGUCAUUAGGGAGAUAGUUGAGCUAUUUGAAUCUAGUAGAGAGGUUGUACUAGAAACUUAUACUAGCAUCUCUAAAAAUCAAGAGAUGUACAAGGCUUCUAUGAAAGAUGGUUGGGGCAAGAAUGCUGUGGGAGGCCCUCUCAAUCACUCGCUAAUCGAUUACAUACAGAUGAACCAAAAUUGUUGUGGUGUGUGGGGGCGCCAAUCUUGGUUAAUUAUGGUUCCAACAAGUUGUUGUUCAGAUCGGUACGACGAUAUAACUUGUAACUUUGCAACAGCUCAUAGUAUGAAUUGUAUGCAACCCUACAACAAUUUUAUCACAUCUUUGUUCACUAUCGAGAUACAAUUUUUUUUCUUUGGGGUGUUUUCAGUGGUCACGGUAUUUUGUUCUCUGUAUUUAAGCCGUCUCAAAAUCAGGUAUCCUGAUGAAAAAUACGACUCUGAUGACUCUUUAUCUUCUGAUAGUGAUGAUUUGUUCUAGAAUGUGAAUAUAUUUAUGACUUAUUAAAAAAAAUG